GGAAACUGUGGGAAUAAUAUUUCUUCUACAAGUUAUAAUUUCGGAUAGAAUUCAGAGUUGCACACCGAGUCGCUUGCCUACUCUGCUUCAAUGAAUUCACGAAGUAAAUAGGAUCGUAAAAUAGAACGUGCCUUACUCCAAGCAGACGACAGUUGGCAGAAGCUACUGGCAGUUGGAUGUUGUAGACAAGUUCUCGCGUUUUCAUGUGUUUUCCACGCUUAAUUGGUUCAUUUCAAAUUUUUUUUUUUGACGUUAUUCCACUUCGUUUAUUGUCAUACCAAAUGAGGAGGAUGACAAAAAACGUUUAAUAUCGCCCAAAAAGAAGCAAAUACUUUACUGAAAUAAUUCGGCAUAGAACAUAACCUCGAAACAAAGUCAAUCAGCAAGCAAACAGGCUUAGAAAACAAUACACAAUGUUUUCGUGCCACUCAAUAGCUGUGUUACGUCGAUGUGGUCGACACCUUACUCUCAAUAUGAAAACUCUAGAAGUAUCUCUGACCAUUCCGACAAUCAGCCAAUGCUCAAAAUUUGCCACCGACAUCGUCGACCAGAAAAAAGUAAUUGAUUAUAGUUUGGUCAAUCAAUUGCAAGCCAGUGAAGCAAAGAGCACAGAUUCUGUUCCAAAACUAGAUCACAGAACAGUGGCAAACUAUGAGUACGACGAUGAAAUUCUUGAUGUUGAUCUCCUGAUGGAGAAGCUUAAAAGAGAUCGUCCAGGUCCCCUUGACCCCUGCGAUUCUGACCUUUCGCACCUCGGUCCAUAUUUGCCAGCAACUUUCAACUUCGCAGCGUACGCAAACAAGUCGCCAAUGAUACAGAAGCUUGCGGAGCUUGGGGUGAACUUUGCCAAGAUAGAGAAACGUAACGGUUUAAUGAAGUUUCUGCUGCCUCUGGACUUUGAGAAGGACAUGAAAUACCAUAUAAGAUUUUUAAACGACUGCGGAGUCCCGGCAGAUUACCUUGGCGAAUUUCUCACCAAGAAUCCAUUAAUAUUCAAAGAGCAUCUGGAUGAUCUUUACACAAGGAUACGAUACCUCAGUGCUCACAAUUUCACACCAGAUAUGAUCACUCGAAUUGUUAUGAAAAAUCCCUACUGGGUAAUGUUUAGCACUAAGAGAAUCGAUGCCAGACUUGGACACUUCCAAAAAACGUUCAACCUCAGUGGCAAAGAGAUCAGAAAACUCGCCACGAGGCUACCUAAACUCAUUACCUACAACAUGAACCACGUUAAUGGUAAUACUUUUGCUGUUAAGGAGGAAAUGGGAUUUGAAGAUUAUCAGACCAAGAUUCUUCUACUUAAUCAUCCAAGCAUUUGGACAAAAAACCGUUCAUUUGUCGUCGAAGUUUUUGACUAUGUGCACAACAUAAUGAAAUUAUCGCACGAUGCCAUAACACAGCAGCCACUAAUAUUGACGUGUAGAUUGCACAGAAUCAAACAGAGGCAUAUGUUUUUGAAAAAAUUGGACCGGGCUCAGUACGAUCCUGAAAAACCGUUGUACGUUCCUCUUCGAUCCAUAGUACUUGAUUCGGAUUCAGAUUUUUGUAUGGAGUUUGCCAAGAUGCCGGUAGAAACUUUCAAUAGGUUUUUGAAAUCUUUGUAAUUGUAAAAAAUGGUAAAUGAAAAUGAUGACGGAAAUAUAUCUUUGAAAUUUGAUGAAUUAUAUAUGUUUAUAAUAAUUCAAUAAAGCUUGAAUAACGAUAAGUGAAAAAAACAGUGACAGUACAACCUUGUUACUGUAAAUAUUUAUUCAUUUAUAUUAAUCAUGUACUAUAGGUAUACAUAUAGUAUGCCCUCAUAAUUAUUACCUACAUUAUAUAAACUGUGGGUUUUCUUAUUCUAUUUUCACCAUCGGGUGUAAUACAUAAAUAAGAAAUCGUAAAAAUUCAUUAUUAUCAUCUUUUUUUUCUGUAUUCUCCUUCAAUUGAAUCACAAUUAAGGCUACGUAAUAAUAAAUUUCAUUGCAAAGAAUUCAUAGCGACAUGCGGUUUGUUUUUAUACUAAUUUGGUUUGCUUCUUUUUGUGCAUUUUUAAAGUUUUUUUGUAUUAUUUUUCGCCAUUGCUUUUUAAACUGUCAUCCGCGAAUAAGAUGUUCGUUUAAUUAAUUAUCAAUAAAUAUCGAUAAUAAUAAUGUAAAUUUAUACUAUUGUUAUUAUUAUGAAAUACUCGUUGGCAUUAUUUUUCCCCCUCUAUUUUCAAACUCACAAGUAAAGGUUUAAAUAAAAUUUCUAUGCGUUUAUCACUUGACGUUCUCUAUCCCGAAAUUAUUAUUAUCAUAUUUAUAAUCAUUUUCAAGUUCCUCUUCAGUACAUUUAGAAUAUAUAUAUAUUAUUCUGCCUUAAUACCAA